AUGUCUUUGGCACCCAAGAUCGAUGAAGUUUGUCACUUGGUGUUACAAACUGACGUUGAUCUCGCGUGCUUUACUGAGACGUGGCUGACUGACUUUGUACAUGAUAACGUCAUACAGAUUCCGGCAUAUAAUGUUGUAAGAAGAGAUCGCCUAAUUGGCCAACAUGGAGGAGCUUGCCUUUAUGUAAAGGAGUCAAUCCCAUUCGAAAUUCUCAGUCAAUACCAUAAUGAUCAGUUCGAAGUCUUGUGGGUUAAAGCUCGUCCUCACAAAUUGCCGAGGGGCCUAUCUCGCAUUAUCAUUGGUUCAAUUUACCAUCCACCCUCAGCAAAUGAUAGAAAUAUGAUUGACUUCCUAACUGCACAAUUGUCCCUUAUCGAAUCAACUUAUUACAAUUGUGGUCUUAUUCUACUUGGAGACUUUAAUAAUCUUAAUGUCAUCGUCUAA